AUCUCCCACAAAGUUAAAAGGAUCAAGACUUCACUUUUUCUCCUUUAUUGCCUCAAAAAUCGUACUUUAUCACCGAGUUCUCUUGUUAAACGAACUUACUGCUGGAUUCCGUGGCACCAGAUUGCGCACAAUCAGUAAAAGUGAAACUAUCACCUUUGGUUUGUCUUUAACUUCCUACUCCUUCAGGGGAUAAACCAGAACCACGGUGUUCUGUUAGGUGCUGCUGCUGCUGCUGCUGUCUAACCAAGUCUGAGAAAGAUCUCGAUUGCAUCCCGUUCACUGAAAGAAUAAAAAAAUGGGGAGAAAUGACGUUAUUUGACCAUGUGCCCAAAAUCCUUAAUGAAUAACUUAGAACUAGGAGGAGGCAAACGCUGCCCCAGCUGUUUCCUGUUGAAAAUGUCUGUGUAAUGUAGAUAAAUGUGAGGGAUUUUCUCUCUAAAUCCGUCUCCUGUUCGCUAAAUCUCACUUCUCCAAAACGAGCCUGCGCAAUGGAACAAAGUGGGAAUAUUGAGAUGUGACAUUGCCCCGCAUCUCGUCCUCUUUCUUUGCCCCGAUUUCUUUUUUUUAAUGACUUCAAACAAGUUGCUCAUUUUCGCCGGGCUUCUUUGUCUUUUUGCGGAGAUCCGCGGUGAUGUCUAGCGCUGCUUCCUCCCGGUGGCAUUUAUGUGAUGUCCUCAAGGGUGCGAUGUGCUGUAUCUCCUGUAGCCACACCCUCUCACUACUGCUGUGCAUCCUCACCCUGACUCCGACGGCAACAGGGGCGGGUCCGGAGACCCUGUGCGGGGCGGAGCUGGUCGACACGCUGCAGUUUGUCUGUGGAGAGAGGGGCUUUUAUUUCAAUAAACCAACAGGCUAUGGGCCCAGCGCAAGGCGGUCGCAUGGCAUCGUGGACGAGUGCUGCUUCCAAAGCUGUGAGCUGCGGCGCCUGGAGAUGUACUGCGCACCCGCCAGGACUAGCAAGACAUCUCGUUCUCCUCGCGCACAGCGCCACACAGAUGUGCCAAGGACACCCAAGGUCAGCAACCCGGGCCAUCGAGUGGACAAGGGCACAGAGCGCAGGACGGCGCAGCAGCCAGACAAGACAAAAAACAAGAAGAGACCUUCAUCUGGACAUAGUCAUCCAUCCUUCAAGGAAGUCCAUCCGAAAAACUCAAGUCGAGGCAGCUCCGGGGGCAGAACUUACCGAAUGUAGGGAAGCAUCGCAUGGACAACACCUUAGGAAGAGAGAAGGGAGUGGCCUUACCUGGUACCCCUGUGGAAUGGUUCACUGUAUAACAUAACAAAACGAAGCUAAAAACGGCCUAAAAGCUUUCAAACAGUAGAAAAGUUGAGUUAAAAGGUUGGAUGAGGGUACUUGUGAUCAUCUUAAACACUGCACCAUUCCAUAUCGGGAGGAAAUCUUUGUUAACUCAAUCUAACAGACUAGUUUAGCUGCUAAGACACAAUAAGAGCUUGCUAUACCUCCAUGUUUAAACGGCAACCUUCCUUGGCUCCAGAGCAGGUGGGAACGUCACCCAAACAGGAAUAGUUGGUCACAUCCGUUUCACUCUUCUGAUUACUUCUUUGUCACAGCCACAUAUAGCAGUUUCUAUCCCUGCUCAAAUUCAAUUUUAUCUUUAGCGUUUGUUUUUAUGCACUAUGCAUUACUGUGGAUAUGUUGUUUAUCUGAAAGACCAACACCAUGUUGUUUAUUGUCGGACUUUUAAACGUUGCUGUUGUUAAUUUCCUUUCCAAACCCCACUUAAACCAAAAUUUGUAGGUUUUAGUUGUUGUUUUUUUUUAAUUAGCUCUUCAAUUAACCCAAGAUUUCUGACUUCUCAGCUUGUCGUGGUUGUUUAAUAAACAGAAAUGGGUCAGUCAGUGGAUUCAAAGUUCAGCUGGCAUAAAUGAGAGCGCUAAUCAAAUAGUGACAAUCAGCCAUUAUGUUUGUUUUCUGUUAGCUUUUCACAGGUCACCAGUUUUUCCAGAUAUGAUUGCGAAAACUCCAGCUAUCUGAAAACAAACAUUUCGUACAAAUCAUGAAUGAGCAGUUUUUUGAAAGUAACUUCUUAGGCUAAGGCAAAUAAAAUUGAGCCAAGACCAAAGAUUUAAGAAAAAAACUAAAAUAUUUGAACUAUAUUGGAAAAUUAACCGCACUGCUGUUUUCAAAAAUAAUCAGUUUUAUUGGGUUUUAUAUUAUAAAACACCACAAAGUUGUGAAAUGGGAGAAUCCUGCAGGUCUGUCUGGAUAUGUCCCCUCCUGCUUUGCACGUCUUCAGACUGACAGUUACAUCAAUUUUAAAAUUUUCCCAUUUUUAUGUUUUUUUUUUUUUUUUGAACUUUGACUAGACCAUUCCAAUACCGGAAUACACCAUUCCAAAGUAGCUCCUCCUCUACUAGUUUAAACUAGUAAAUAGGCCUGUCACAAUAACAAAUUUAUCUGGUCUAUAAAUUGCCAACAAAAGUUAUUGGGAUAAUUGAUAAUAUUUUUGUUUUGAGACUGUUUUCAACUAAUAUUAGAACUCAUUUUCAAAAAUCAAUAAAGAAAAAAACUGAAAUAACAAAUAAAAUGAAUAAUAAAGUCCCUAUUAGCAAAACUGUCCUUCUAAAGAGACCAAAGUAAAGACUUGCGUCAUCCAGUUUUUGAAAAACUAUAAAUAAUCCUGGAAAUGAUUAUUUCCAUUUCCCAUUUGUUUAAAUUUAUCAUGCGAAUAAUUGAUUUAUUGCUUACUGCGACAGGCCUAGCUGCACUAAUCUUCCCUUUGACACUGAUUGGUUCCCUGGUCCUGCAAAAUAAAAGCAUGUACACAAGACAAAGAACAAAAAUCCCAAAUUUCGUCUCAUCGGACUUACUCACUUUCUUCUACAUGUUUGCUUCAUUCCUUGUGUGGCUUUUGCCAAAUUUAAACAGGACUUCUUUCAGAAAUCUCAGUUUCUCUGUGCAACUUUUCCACAAAACAAAUGUUUGUAUAGAGCAUGACUAACAGUGACCCUAUCAACAUAUUCUCUGCAGCUCCUCCAGAGGCAUUUCAAAAACUGAAUGCAUGUGCACACCACAACUUUCACAUUUUUGUUUGGAAACAUUUAGGGAAAACAAAAUUUUUCCCAUUUCUCAAUUCUAUUAGUUAAAAUCCCAGUAAAGUGAGAUUUAGUAAAGUUAAUUAUCACUCUCUGAUCUCUUGUUUAAUAGAGGACAAAAAAAUUCCCAAUACUAGUUUUGGCUUGGAUUGCAUAAUUUGAUGCAAUGACAACCAAACAGCACAGCAUCCGUUUCAAAGUCCACUGGGAAGUCAUGCAAAAUAAACUGGUAAACAUUACCAACCAACCAACGUCUGACAGGGGAGAUGCAGAAUUGCAACAGUACACAAUUACACUUAUAAAUAAUCCAAAUAUGACUAAGGGUCAAGAUCACCUUCACAAAUCUCACAAACAAGCCAGUUCUGAGAAGUCACCGCAUGAUAAUUGACAGAAAACAGGGUUUUUUUUGGUUUGCUUUUUUUUUUUUUUUUUUUUUUUUUUUUUUUUUUGUCUGAGCCUCCCUGAAAACGCCCCAAAUAUGGCUCAUAUCUGGCUCUGUCUCCUCUCUCUGUGUAUAAUCAAACUGUACUCCCAUUAUGUUAACCUAUGUAUUACUAUCACUCAUUGUACAUGAUGGUUUCAUAUAGAAAAACUGUAUUAAAAAUCCUAUCCACUGUAUAAUGGUGCUAUUUUAUAGUUUGGUACUUGCAAAGAGAUGGCUAAGACAGACGAAUGGCAGGGCUUACAUUGGAGGUCUUCCCUUUUGCACAGCCUUGUGGCCACCAUGUUAAUAGUGAUUUUAUUUGUAAGCAGUUUCAAUAGUGGAAGCAAGUAAAUGUAUCUGUGUGAUCUCUGUGAAUGCAUGGAGAGUAAAAUGAGAAAAAAGAAAAACAGAAAAAAAAUAGGAAAAUGAGUAUACAAUGUUGUGGCCCCAAGAAGGCAAAAUGCUAUUUUUUCUACUAUUCUUAAAUUAUUUUCUCAACAUAAAUCCCUUUUGCCAAUGUCUUGAGAAAAAUACUGUGAUUCUUCCAGUUGUGUUUAAGCUUGUUAAAGGUCACGGUGUGCUUUUGUCUGUCCAGUGUGUGCGUGUGUGCAUAUGCCUCCCUGGAAGCCAAAGUAUCUAAUAUUAUGGGAACUUAAAGUGGGAUUUUGCAACUUUUGCUUGACAUCCUCUAUUGUUGGAUGUCAAGCAACAAUAGAGGAUGUUGCUUGACAUCCUCUGCUGCAAUUACUACAGCAGAAAGUAAUUGCAUUUUGCUCAUUAUUAUAAUUUUGCUUGUGAUAUUUUACAUUUUUUUAUAGUUUGCAUGAUCAUAUUUAAGUAAUUUAGGUAAACUUCUUAAAAAUAAUUUUUCUUACUAAAUUUACUUCAACUUAACAUGAUUUUGCUGUCCUGAAAAUCAAUCUUUAUAAGGAAGUUAUACAUUUUAUUUUGUAUUAAAAGCCAGAACUUGUACCUGUGAAUAGAUUGGCACUUAAACAUGCUCUGAUCGCAAGAAAACCUGGAACUGGUUGCUCAGCAACAAAGAUAACUAAUAUUAGUUUUUUUUUUUUUAAAAAAAAGAAAAAUAUGUUAACUUAGGCUACCUUCACACUGCAGCCGAAAGUGAACCAAUUCCGAAAUUUUUUUUUUUUUUCGUCAAAUCGUAUUUUUUCGGCGUAGUUGUUCACUCUUCCAGAUACACGCGACUUGUGUGUUCCCUAGCGUGAACUGUAAACUAACUGAAAGUGCCCCGCAUGCGCAGUAGGAAGGGCGCAAUAACGUCACAAAUGGAGAGCGUGCUCAGUGUUCUGCCAACCGCCAUAAAGAAGAAAUCCUCAGCGUUUGCGGAAGUAAACAUGGAUGCUAACGGUGGAGCUUAGCUUCCAAUUUUUUAAAAUUAUCUGACUGGAGCCAACACAUUAACAACUUAAUCCUCAUUAUGGGUUACACGUAUCAGGACCCAGAAUAGUGACGUUUGUCGAGUAUCAAUUACGUUCAGGUAGGCUGUUAAGAUUCUGAUCACAUUUGAAAAGAUUGGAUGUAUAUCGGAUAUCCAAGUGGCUCAUGAAACGAUCAGAUACAGAUAGCAUUAAGGCAAAAAAAAAAAAUCGGAUUUGUGUCACUACUUGCGGCAGUGUUAACCUAGUCUUAAAUGACUUUUAUUAGUGGCAGCCAUAUCAGAUAGAUUGACGUUGGAGAUGUAACCUCUAACUUUCACAGUUAGAUUUUAGAGAGCGUAUAUAUAUAAUUGUUGUUUGUCUCUUUAUUAUCUUGCAUGAUAACAAGGCUAGUCAAGAGUUGCGAUAAAAUUCCACCGAACCACUUAAUUAAAUAAUUUAGCAGUGCUUAUGAGGUUAGGCAAAAAGUUGAGAAAUACAUUUGUUUUAGGGGUUUUUCUUCCGCUAAACAUAACACGUGAUCAGUCAAAGAUUUAUAUUUCAGCUAUUAGCUCAUGUUGGCCUUAAACAUAUUGAGAAAAUGGCUAGCAUAAUGUCGUUUGCCCAAAGCAGACCCCACAUUUUUAGAAAAUCAAUCAUCAAUUCUUAUGGACAUUGAUCUAAAGGGAACUGAAACUGUUGGGAACAUUUGUUUAGUUAUAUUUUUUUGUCAACUCUAGAACCAAUACACUUCCAUAUCUGUCAGUAUUAGCUAAAUUUAGCCAAAAGCAUGCUAGAAAGUCUCAGUGUAGUGUAGUUUUGUUUGUUAUAAGAACCCUCAAAGAUCCUACGUUAAUAAAAAAACUGCAAACAUUCUAAAUAACUUGAUGAACCUAACAUCUUCAUGAUAUUUUGUUAACCAAACAGCUAUUUCCUUCUUUGACGUCUAUGCUAACAGAGCUAAGCUACGCAAGCUAGCCAGCCACUGCGACUUCUUCUUUAAGCAGUCAAGCACAUUCAUGAACCUAUUUUAGACUUAUUGUUUACUUUAACAUUUAUUUUGCAAAAUAAAACAUAAAAAUUUCACAUUUAUUAGUAGAUACAUGCUUAAUUAACGUUAUUUUGCAUAAAUUGUAACCACUGUAUGUACACAUGAAGGGGUUAAAUUGCUAAAAUAGCAGAACAGUGGUCCAUGGUACUAUCAAAUGGCACAGAUAAUUUAGACAUUUCCACAGAAAGAUUUGUCUUUGAAUACUGAACCGUAUAAUUGGUACUAUAAUUUAGAGAAUUAGGCUGCUUGUAUAAUUUUGGUAAAACAUGAUUCCCUCUAUUUCCCUCUAUUCCCUCUAAAAUGUAAAAGAAUUGUAUUUUAACACCAUGUCGAAAGCUAGUUGAGAUCUUUAUGCAUGCAUAAAUCAACAUUUGCAUUUUUAUUACCAUUUAACAAAAGUUGCAUGGUCCCACUUUCAAAGUCAGGUAAGGUUUCAAAUAAUUUAUUGCGGAAAAAUUUGACUUAAUUUUAGAGGUUCAGGAGCAGGAUCACACUUCAAACACCAAAUUACUGAGAAUCUAAAUCAAAAAAUUGCUUGCAUCCCAUUGACUGGCAUCGUUGUUGCUCUUGAGCUUCAAAAAAUACCAUUAAAGUGUGUGAAUCUUUUGCAACGGUUUUUAAUAUUCUUUUUAAAAUAGAAAUUUUUGCCCAGGUGAGUAGGGUGAGGUAAAAGCUAGAUGGAGAAAAUAUGUUCUUCCUUUAGAUAUACAGUACAUACCAAAGACUUUUUAAAUAAAUUAUAACUCAUGAAAAUAUAACUAUAGCAUGAUUAAAUUGUUGUCUCGACUUCACUGCAGUUUAAUGCGUAAGUAUCUGAAAUAUGGCUAGUGUUGUAAAAAGUGGAAGUGCGAAUGAACCAGACAGAAAUCCCUUUGUGUAUAUUGCAUAUUUUAAGGCUCAAACCACAGAAACGACUUCAAAUCAUCUGCUUAUGAAUCACUCAAACAUUUCAAUCUGUCAAUUGUGUGAAAUAAUCAAAAAAGACUUAAGCCUGGGAGGACGUGUGUGAGUCAUUCAUGACUCCCUGAAGUGUUUAAUGAGUAAAUGUAUUUUCCUGAAGCUCACUGUCCAAGAAACUGUUUAAUUACAGCCCUGUUAUUUAUGGUGCUUGAUUGCCUUCUGUAGGAAAAAAAAUACUGACAAACUGUUCACCAUUCCUGCUGAAUAAACCACUUGUCAACAUCA